GAAAGUAACUCGUCUGAUCUUCAGGGUGGAAAUCUGUGGAAGAAAUGUCGGCGAGGAAGGCUCUAUUUCUGGGACAUGUGAUGCAACGAAAUGUCUUAGCACACGACCACGUGAAAGUUAGAGUGAUAAAAAUGAUGCUUGAUCAAUAUCUUCUUAUGUAUUUCAACAAAAGAAAAGAUUAUUGGGCUCUUGAGAAAGAUGUUAAAUGUAACAUCGGUGACUUUGUGCUGAUUGAAGAACUUGAUGAGCGAGUGUCUCCCAGAACAAGAUUUGAACUGAAAGAGAUAGUGUUUAAACUUGGUGCUGUGGUUGAUCCAGUCACUGGCAGAAGAUGUCGCGGCACAGAAUUUAUUGAUGAAAAUAGAAAAACACAGAUCUCGGAAGAAAGCUCAGCAGUGUGAUGUCUUAGGGUUAAUGUCCUUUGUAACAGUUGACUGACUCUUGUAUUGUGGUGUAGAUUUGUGUGGCAGUGUGGCACAUGUUGUGAAAUAGCCAUGUUGUGUUAGUAGAAACGUCGAUGGAUUUCACAUAUUCACGAGAUGUUAAUUAAAAUGUACAACAUGUGGUUUGUACAGAAACGACACCAUUGAUAACUGUAUCUUUGUAUGCUUACGAAUGAUUUUUAUUGAGCUUUUUCCUGUUUGACAGUCUGACACAUUGGUUUUCAAGUAAAUGUACUUAGAGAUUAUCCAUGAAUCCGAAGACACCUUAUGUUAAUAGAUGUUUGACAGUUCAGCUUCAAAAGAAAUACUUUAUGACCUGUUUUCCUGUGUUUUUUUUUU